AUGUGUUCUUCAACCCCGGGCCGGAACAGUCCAUAUGCCACGCAAGUAAUGAAGAUGAAGAAGGAGGAGCUGGCAGCAGGCAUUAAGGACCCAGACCUUCUCGUCAAGAGGUUGGUGGACUAUGGGAUUUUCACAAGUGAACAAAAGUUGACUUUAGCCCACUAUGAGACACAUCUUGAAAAAAUGAACAGGAUCUUGGACAUACUGAUUUCUCAAGGGGAGCAUGCUUGCCAGGUGUUUUUUUACCCAUGUCUGAAACAGCUGGAGCCCAACUUGUAUCAGAUCAUUAGGAAAUAUACCAUGGGCACAAAUGAGAUCAGCCGAGGGACUAGGCAGCAGCCAGUGGGUCACUUUCUAGAUGGGAACAAAAAUGGCCUGGAAAAACCUGCUGAGAAAUUUCACAAAAAGCAGAAUACAGGGAUCCAGGAAGCUUCAGUCAAACCAAAGUUCGUUUCUUACUUGGCUGCUAAAACUAAAGGAUACCCAACCUCCCAGACUCCUAGGAACAGCCCCACGAGUCCCAUCCAUGCCCUGAAUGCAUCAGGUAAGGGAGACGUGGAUGUGGAGAAUGGGCUAGAAAACAAGUAUGGCAGUAAAAUAAUGUCCUCAAGAGACAGCCCCAUGGGUGCGGCAGUGGCUAAGGGCUUCGAGGAAAUCCACAAUUAUUCAAUGAUGAAAGGUUCUAAGGCAGAAGGAAAGGAUGGCAAAGAGAAGUCUCUUUUACAAAGAGCUGCUGAAAGAGCCCGUGGGGAUGCUGAGAAAGUCCUUCAAGGAGGGAUGAGCGGCAAUAACUUAGAUCCCAAGAUUCCCGUGGGUUUUAACGUGCAAGGUGGCCAGCGUGCCCUCAUGAGACUGAUGCUGGAAAGAACCCCUGGGAACCCUUAUUAUCUGCCCUAUCGACCAAUUCUCCAAGCAGAGGACCAAGGGGUGCAGGUGUGCCUAGAGAAUGACCAUCUCCUGAAUGCCACGGACAACAAGGAGGACCCAACUUUAACCUUCCCUGGGACCAACAGUUUGGAAGAGGCCAUAAAAAUAUUGUUAACAACUGGGAUCAAUGCCGAUUCUGGCAUUCUCCACAACGCUUUCCAUCACGAUGACCAAGUGGUCAUUCAGCUGUUGCUAAAGCAUUCCGCCAUCCUGCCGCCGGAAACCAAGGAGCAGGCUCUUUUUGAAGGCAUACGGAAGAACCUUCCCAAAGUGGUGACGGCCUUGGUAGACGUUGGCACAGACUUAGACGCCCGGGGGGAUCACCAGUACACUCCCUUGCUCCUGGCCGCCGAGAUGGAUAGGGCUGCGUGUGCUGAAGUGCUCAUUCAGAAAGGGGCCGACAUGGGGGCCAGGACGACCCAUCUGGAGUCGGCGCUGCACCUGGCCGUCAAGGCAGGGGCCAUCUACACCGUAGAGCUCCUCCUGGACAACGGCAUGAGUCCCAACCUGGCGGGCUGGAACGGGCAGACCUCGCUCCACGCCGCCGCCUUGCACAACAAACACGAAAUGGUCAACAUUCUGAUCAACGCGGGCGCCAACAUCAACGCCCAGACCACGGAGCAGAACACCCCCCUGCACAUCACCAGCGAGAGGGGCAACGUGGACACGGCGCUGCAGCUGAUCCAGCAGGGGGCAGACUUAAACGUGAAGAACAAGCUCUCCAUGACCCCUCUGCACGUGGCCGCGCGCGCAGGGAAUGUGACCAUGGUGGAGCUGCUGCUCCACUCGGGAGCCGACCCCAACGUGCCCGACCGGGAGAAGAAGACGGCCCUGCACUGGGCGGCGUCCGCCAGUUACAUCAAAGUGGUGAAGUACCUGCUGAACUACAAGGCGAGGUUCGGGACCAGAGACAUGGACGGCUAUUCCCCACUGCACUACGCGGCCCUCAAGGGCAACGUGGAGCUCGUGAAGAUCUUCCUCGAAGCCGGGAAGAACAAAAACAUCAACGAGAGAAACAUCUACCGAAAGACCCCGCUGCAUCUGGCCGUCGAGCAGGGCCAUACGGAAUUGAUCAAGAUGCUGAUCAAUAAUGGGGCUGCCGUGAAUGCCCUGGACAACAACCGAGACACCCCGUUACACUGUGCUUGCAAAACUGGGCACUGGGGUUCUGUCACGUCCCUCAUAAACUGUACCCAGAGGGAAAAACCUGACUUACAGGCCUCGAACAGCCUGGGGAAGACUCCUCUGCAGGUGGCGGAGAGCACCGUGACGCAGAGUCAAGAGCAGAUCGUGACCUUGCUGAGGAAAAAGAUGUUCUUAACAAGAUAG